CUUAAGCUCAAUGCCUCCUGCAUUUGUUCAUUCGAAUAAACUCAAAGAGUAUGUUGGUCCGCCAGCGGACCCUGUUCCGGAAGAUUAUGUCGAGUAUCUUGAAAUAGGAGCAUUUUUAGAAAAAAAAGAGAGCUAUUGCAAAGCCGUAAACCUAUCUGACGAGGACUUGGAUGAAUGGCUCCGUCCAACGAGCACUCUUCCGUUUGAGAAGUUCGUCUUGGGACAAGCUCCUCGAAAAGUUCUGCGACUUGUCAUAUGCUCCUUGCCUUGCAGAAAAUUCCCCCACCAGCCGUUCACAAAGGACGAGUUUUACCAAAUGCGGGACGUAUAUAACCUCAAGGAAGACUUCUUCCAGACAGGCGAGCUCUGUGGGCCAAAUCUUUGGUUUGAGACUGUCGUUUCCGAUGGUUGUCAUGGUAAGCCCGAAGCACACGUUUCUCUAGCAUACGUUGAUUGGUCAGGCUAUGUGGUUCAAGUAGACAAGUUUAACACGGCCAAAGCAGCAUUCAAAAUGUCCUUGUGCUAUGAUCCCGCAUCUCGAAUCACGUGUGCAGUAGUACGUGUACUCGUCAACCUAGAAUUGGAUCAACUUCGUUCGCGGCUAGAAGCUCUUAAGCAUUACAUGUGGCUACCCGUAAUGCUACCACUUAUUAUAGCGGAGACACGAGUCGUUUCCACGCCUGAGAAGCUCAAUGAGGACAAGGACGGGAUAACACUUCUCGAGAAGGAUGCCGGAGUGUACAAGAACACUUAUUUCAAAGACACUCUUAAUCCAGAGACGGUGGCGCCGUCCGAGGCACGAGAAUUCGAUCUCAUCAUAAACGGAAUCAUACCAAUAAAGUCGCGGUGCGAUUACCUUCUUAUCAAAACGAAAAUGUGUCUCGAGUUCUUGGACUUUCUGGAUAACGUCAGCAAGUCGUACAAAGCCGAUCAUGUUCUAAAAAAUAGGUUUGGAGACUUUGAGCAGAGAUGUCAGGCGGUUUGCUCUUCGAAGAUUGCUUACCAGCAAGUCUUCGCGACCAACGUUCAGACUCGGUGUCGGUAUGUGCUCGACAGAGCGGCGAGCCUUACAAGCCAAUGCUACACGAUGAUGGGACAAAAAGACAAUUACCUUAACUUACGCACCGCCAAUGUUAGCCUUAAGAUUGCGGAAAUGAGCCGUGAAGACAAUCUCCAGAUGAAGAAGAUAGCGGAAUCUACCGCUCGGGACAGCACCGACAUGCGUAGUAUCGCCAUGCUCACCAUGAUCUACCUCCCGCCAACCUUCACCGCAACGUUCUUUAGUACUUCGUUCUUCGAUUUCUCGCCCCGGAACGAAAAGCUCGUGUCCUGGUGGUAUUGGGUUUACUGGGUCGUCACAUGUGCACUUGUAAUAUGCACGCUUGGUUUGUGGUACGUCCAAGUGAAAUGGGGUCUUAUGUUUUGGAAACGCAAGGCAAAUGGAAAGGCUGCCGAAGACACCGAGAAGCAUGCGAUUGUUCCAAAGUCGCCCUAG